AUGGGGGUACAGACUCUACUGAGACCUAAUGUUUAUAACCAGGGAAACUAUUUCAUCAUGGACACGGAUCAACUGGUUUCCAAUCCGUUUAAAACCAUGAGAACGGAGGCGCAGGGAGAUUUCCAGAAAAAAGGAAACAUGCAGCAGAAGAUGACGACAGUAAGGAACAAAGUUUGUGAAAAUAGUUUUCGUAGCACCAAGGAUAAUCUAGAUCGUAAAAAAGAUCAGGUGAUUCAAAAAAUUUAUCACAACAAAAGUAACUGUCAGUUUGAGAUGAAACUUUUAGAACUGGACAAACGGAAACACGACAUCGAGCUGCGGAAACGAAUAGAACCUCAAGCUGACUACAAUUACGAUGAUUCUCAAAUAAUUUCAUCGUCCAGACGCCUCUGUGCCGAUAUUGAUACUCCAUAUUUGGAGAAAAGACUCAAACAUCCAGUCCGUCAACGAGGAAUUGACAACACGGCCUUGACACCUGUCGUAGCUAAGGCUCGAGAAUUUUUAAAACAGAAACGUUUAAACACAGAAUUCGAUGAAAUUUUAACCGAGCGAUCCAAAACAGCACAGACGUUUCACAGUAGAGACAACUCUAAAGUCAGAUCUACAAAAUCAGCACCCAUGGUUAUUAACAGAAUCAGAAAACAGGAGUCCACAUCUGCCACCACCUUGCCAACAAUUAACAAAACAUCCCAUCGCAAACAACACAGCGUGAAAUUUGGCGCCAAUAAAAUUGAUCGUGGACAAAGACUGGAACGAACUGCUGAAGUUUUAAACAUAAAUGUUCCAUAUCCACGCAAAGUUCCAACGUAUGAUUGCUCCGAUUCGGAUGAUGAUUUCGCCGAAUACGAAAAAGUGGAUCUACGAGCUGUCCUCUUUGGAAAAGAUCAAGACAAAAAUAAACUAGCUAUUUCCGUCAGGACCAAAUCAGCAGAAUUCUCCGACAGCUCGGAUGAAGAGGAAGAUUCUGUGAAGAAAGGAAGUAACAGAAAUAACAGUGUUCAUGCUCAAAGCCACAUCACCUUGGAUCUUCCAAAUCAGAAACCAAUCCAACCUCUGACUCCAGAAAUGCUCCAUCGACAAUUUGAAACGGUUCAAAAGAAAGUCAACACGUUCAUCAAAGACAUCAAUAAACCACGAAAAACGAAACAUAAAAAACUAUGGUUUGAGAGUAGCAGUGAGGAUGAAGAACAGGACACAGACCACAACAAAAUGGACAACAAAACCACAGACAUUAAUUUCACCGUUCCUAAAAAACCAACUGAACACAAAGAAGCAUGGGAAUAUAUCCAUGGUAACCAUAAAGAUGGCCAGCUAGAAGGGACGUACAAUACACAAGAUUUAGUUCUACAGCGUUUGACAGGAAUGAACGUCAAAAAACCAAAAUCAGUACCACUAAACUCAGCUCUUCGCGCUUUGAGAAAAACACCAACAUUUAAAAUGCGGCAAGUCAUUGAAAGACUCAAAUCAAAUCGUACGAGAUAUGAAGAACAUGAAAUUAACGAGUUAAGACGAGUGCAAGAUGGAGAAGGGCUGGAAUUUGGAGAGUAUAUCGAUCUUUCUAAUACGAAUAUUGAUAAUACUGAGACAGUCGAUGUGAUUGCGAAGGUUGAAGACGAGAAAGAAAACGUACCAGAACAUAAAAUUUGA